AUUGCAGUAUUUUUCUUGAAAGUCCACUUCAGAUAUCAGUGCACGUUUUUAUUUAAAGUUUAACCAGGAUAACUGCAGCUACAUGGACUCUUAAAAUCAGAACAAGAUUAUGAAUAAGAAUAUUAAUAGGAUAAAUAAUAAACUAAUUCUGCAAGGAUCAGCCCCCUGUGCGGAAUUGUCAACCUCAUCGUUACCUACUACCAUUAUUAUAACGGGGCGUUUUCAUUUCCCCGCCCUGUGGGUAAACAAAACAAACAGAUCAACAAAAAAGAAGAAAGAGAAAAACAUCCACCUUGCUUGAAACAUAGGUCGAUCCAACAAUGCGAGGCAUCUAUACACGAGCAGCGAUGCGAUUCCUCCGCGUACUCACUCCAACAAUCUCUUUCCUUGGCAACCUUUUCACGUUUUUUCUCACAAGUCACGUGACUGAGCGAUCGAUCCACCUGCCUGGUAUAUGUUACGCGCUAUAAAGGGGAAGGCUUUGUGGAAACAGACCUAGAAGAAGACCUUUUUUAAAUUCUUUUGUAAAUUUGAUAUUACGACCUCAACGAGGAAACUUCCGGCAUGAAGAUGGGCCGUGCUCUCCAAACGGUCUCCCGGCCAUGAAGAAGGAGAGACCCAGAGGGAUGUAAAGACCAUUACACUAAGAGACAUACAACGCCUGCGGUAUAACCAGGGCGGCCUCUGCGCAGUAUGGCGGCCAUGGAGUUAGCUGUUGAUACAAGACCUAAACCAGAUCUCCAGGUAAUGAACUCAAGAGAGCAGCUAGUUACAAACAAACCAUUCCGUCUGCGCAAGCGCAGGGUAGAUAUCCUGGUGGCAACCUUUCUGAUUCUGUUAGUUGUGACGGCGGUGAUUGUUGCGGUUGUGUUAGGGACGACAAACCCUGUAGCAAGAGGUCGAGAUGCGACGCCACAGUUAAGCAAAACAGAAAAGGCGAGAGAUAAUGGCGUCAAGUGGCUCCUCUCGAGAAGAAACAAGAAUUGGGGCUGGGGAAAGCGACUCGAAGCUGAAGCAGUGAUGGCAGUUAUAUUAGCAGACGACAGUUGGCUUAAUUGGUCGAAUGCUGACACGGUAGCCAGCAUAAAUAGGAUGCAUAUUGAUAUUUUGGCAGCGUUAGCCAAAAAUGCCACGCUUGACACCCCAGACUGGUAUGGCGGGAAAUUGGCCCAGUACGUCUGCGCCCUGGUGGCCACGUGCUCCCAUCCACGUGACUUCUACGGGUUCGACUUAGUGAAUCUUUUGGAGGAUCACGUGGCCAACUAUCCAAAACACGAUUUUAAUCACAAUUUUGCGUUUGCCUGGGGUGUUCUGGCUCUUUGCAACGCAGGAGGAACAGUGAAAACGGAGCACAUCGAACAGUUGACAAAUAGCGCUGGAAAUUAUUCUUUUGGAGUGGAAGAGGCAGCACUCACCGUCAUGGCAUUACGUUGCCUAGAACCAGACGUCCCGUCGGUAGGCGGCGCUAUAUCCCAAGGGAAGAACCAUCUACUGUCAGCGUACAACCCUGUGGAUCACAGCUUCGGGGACGUGCACCAGACCGCCUGGGCCGCACAGGCUCUAAAUGCAAUCGGGGGAUAUUCAAACUUGACAAACCAGUCAAAUGACUUCUUAGUCAGCAAACAAGGAAAAGAUGGAUCCUUUGCUCAAGUUUCUACCACAGUUCAAGUCUUACCAUCAUUGGCAGGACGCUCAUACUUCGAUAUAAAAAAUAUGUCCAAAACAAUGUGCCGGCAAAGCACUAUUCCUACCACCACGACGUCACCCACUAGAUAUAUAAGAAUAAAAGUUACCGUGGUCAGUGACUUGGUCAACACGACGGCAGUAAACUCCACAUUUAGCGUGGAAAUCCCCGCUGGUGCGUCACUGUUUGAUGCACUGGUUUUAUUACAGCAAAAUGAUGCGUCCUUUAGUUUCAGUAGCACGUCUAGCCAAUGGGGUGAGCAGGUGACGUCAGUAAUGGGCGUGGCAAGCGGGAGUUCUACGAGGACAUACUGGAUGACAAAGAAACUCCCUGAUGAGGCACUUACUGUCAGUGUAGAUAAUUUCAAACCCACGGAUGGGUCUCACAUCGAAUUCAGGCUGACAAGCUACUAGCGGUUUCAAUUCUCUCACGUACAAGGUAUCUCUGAAUAAGACACCGGUGAAUGACUGUGGCAUAAGUACAUGGAGAGGAUCAACGUGUGUUGACUCUUAGUGUUAAAUGAAAAACAAGUCGCCCAGAAAAUACAGCUUCCAAGUCCAUGUGUAGUGUAUGGAAGUUUACGUCAUUUUUACAUUACAAAUCCGUCCAGAGAAAACUAACAUGUGCAAGGGGUUUGUUUGUUUUUAACUUACAGUAGAGCCAGGCGAUAGUUCUGAAUAUCCAAGACACGAUCAUUCAGUUGUUAUAUCAUUCUAGAACAAGUGAGAACCACGCUAUAGGAGCCCAAAUGUUUUUAGCCAUGUGACGAGGUCUUAUUUCUCUUCCUCGGCUUUAUUUCCUUAGCCCGCCAUUGGGCAUACAUGCAUUUAGUUAUGAAAUUUCAGAAACCCACAGUAUAUGACACGCCUGUCUACUGGCAAAUUGUAUUUUACAAACUCAUUUUUUUUUUUUUAUUUUGAUUUUGGAAAAGAUACUCAGUGGCUAUGGAUCACAAGAAUGCCCAACCGAGGCCAGUCUGAGUAGGUCCAGAUUCUCUUGUCUUUCCCUCCUGAUGCACCUUCCAAACCACUCUACCCAGGAAAAGGAUAAGAUCUUUUCAAUAGGCAAAUCUAGCCAGUGAGACUAGCGCUUAAGUUUCUGUAAAUGAGACUUUGGGUUAAAAGAGUACAAAUAGGGGUGAAAGACGAGAUUUAGAUUAUUCAAUUAAAACACACAACGUUAGAGUUAGCUUCAAAUUUAGUGUUCAUUAUGUUUUAUAGGUUUGUCGGAGAACUACAUCUAGGAAGAAAUAUAUUUAUUUCUUCUUACUGCGACAUGUAAUAGCAGCCAUGAAGAGAGCAAUAAUGUGUUGUUGGUAUU